AUGAUGCAAGGCUUAGCUCUUCUGGCGGGAAUAAUCACUGUCAUCAAGGGCAUAAUGGUAAUAUUACGCGGCGUUAUGUCUAUAUCCAGUUUGUACUUUGCUCCACAAUCUGAUUGCAAUUGGUUUAUGCCCGAGGCAGCACGAUUUGCUUGCAGCCGAAAAACCAUCGAUCAAUGCCUAUCCUUACCUUGGUGUAUUAUCGCUGAUAAUAAAUGCGCUACGAACACAAUAUACUACUCCCAGUAUUACUUCCAAGAGAAGGUUCUCAGACUCAUCAAUCCGCCAGCUAAAAUGUACAUUGGAGGAGAACACAUUGGAGGAGAAUACAUUGGAGGAGAACACAUUGGAGGAGAACACAUUGGAGGAGAACACAUUGGAGGAGAAUCUGAUCCUAGUAAUUCGCUCUUCCCCCGCGACAGCCACCAGGCAGCAUUCGUCGGUGGAACACUCUACCCAGGAGAUAUCGACGAGGAACCUGGUGAUGAACUCUGUCUUGAUCCCGCAUUUGCUCAAUACAUUCCUAUUGACGAUGUCGACAUAGACUGUUUUGAUGUACCCCAGAACGCCACAGGGGAGGCAGGACAAGAGAAAGCAAACCUGAACGGAGGGGCACAAUGGAAAAAAGAAAGACGUGAGACAAGAGGACAUAAGACAAGAGAACAUGAGACAGGGGAAAAAGAGAAGACCGUGGCUGGCUCGUGUCACGAAGGCAUAACAAGAUUUCCUUUGACGAUGGUUUCGGUUAAAGAUUUCUUCCAUUGCGAUGAUUACGGGGAGUCUCCUAGGCGACGUUUAAUGUCCAACCCCCCUGACCGUACUUUGCUACCCGUACUUUGGGACCAGUUUGAACGCUACGAGCCACUUGAAGGGAACGAGCAAACUAAGCGCGAAAUGUCCCUUGAUUUUUUGGUCGACCCAAUUGGGUCUUUGAUGACCGAGCCCGGUCCCGCUUCCUGGGCUGCGAAGUCCCUGCUCGAUACUGCUCGCCAAAGAGACUCCCGUGAAAAGGACUCCAGAACAGGGGAUUGGCGAGCAAACAACUGCAGAUGUGGCGGUCGUGACGCCGGUCGUGACGCCGGUCGUGACGCCGGUCGUGACGCCGGUCGUGACGCCGGUCGUGACUCCGGUCGUGACUCCGGUCGCGACUCCGGUGGUGACUCCGGUCGUGACUCCGGUCGUGACUCCGGUCGUGACUCCGGUCGUGACUCCGGUCGCGACUCCGGUCGUGACUCCGGUCGUGACUCCGGUCGUGACUCCGGUCGUGGACCUAAUGGAGAACUCGGUUGGAAUGAGUGUGUAGGGGGGAACGAGUGUGAAGAAAGUAAGGUUCAAUCCAGCAAGGUGGGCAAGGUCAGAGGAAACAAGGUCGCCGGGGUCAAACCCUUGGCAGCAGAGGUCAACAACAUCGGGUUUGCCGGUCGCAGUUAUCGUGUAGUCCCGGAGGACAGGAAAGACCAUGUGGAUUGGAACGACUUAGGCCGUGGGGAGAGGCGUACAACUGCAGCUUCAGGGGUUACAGUUCCGGCAUCAGGGACUACAGUUCGACAGGCGACAGUGACGGGUCGCUUCAAUUGGAGGUUGGUGAUGUUCUUGAUACCACAUUUAUUGUUGACGUUGAUGUGUGUGAAGUGUGGUUCGCGCGUGGAGGUUUUGUGCAAGUGGGCUAUCCUAUCGUUCUCUUUGGUACUCGUGGUCUUGAUAGCAUCGUCAAUUCGUUUGAGCACACACACACGUAUGACGAGUGCGAUGGGUCACGCACCAUUUUCUACGGACUGGAACUUCGCUGACCUUUUACGAAUGCUUGUACCCGCCGUCUCCGAUUCUUUCGUGGCUACCAACCUACCGUUUUUUACUGGGAGUCGUUUCGAAGCGCGUCAUGAUGUCGGUAGUUCCGACGUGUCCGGCUCCGAGAUGUUUACAGAAGAGACACGUUCGAAGGACCGCCGGCGUUGUCUCGGGAAAUACCUGUGGUCGGAAGACAGGCCAAGAGGGCCGGAGCUGUGGGAAAACAAGCAGCCCCAUUGCCGGUUUCGAAGAGGGCAGUCACGCUCCGUCGAGUUGACCACAUUGGCAGGCCGGGGCGCGUUGUUGUUCGUGACGCUGGCCAUGACAGCCUGGUCUGUGAGCUUUUCAUCCAUCAUCACCACAGAGCGGCGAAAGGCCGCUCGGUCCCCGGCCCUCGGGUAUGAAUCAUUUUCCUUUUCCAUGAUCGCCAGUGACUUCGUCCACACUAUCACUAUCUACGCCGCAUCCAAUAGCAUCUACGCUCGCCAGGGGCUCAUGGUUACCUACUUCUUUUCUGCCACAUUCGUACAAACUGUUCUCACUAGCCUCUUCUGUUGGUCCAUUGGCUCCUGGCUCGAAGAAUGGCUCAAAGGCUUCUGGACUGAACGAACCAGCAGACGCCUCGCCUAUGGUGCUGCCGUCGCACUCCAUGCAGCCGCCGUUGUCAUCGGCGUUACAGAUCCCAAAGCCGUGCCCCUAAUCCUCCUCCUCCAGGUCGAACGCAUGCUCGACUACUUCCUCUCGCCUCUCAUCAUCCUCUACGCCCUCGUCGUCGUACGCAAUCACUCCACACCACCCACCUACUACUUUUGCGUUCGGGACGGCGGUUUGCUGUCAGUACACUCGAUGGUGACAUACUGUGUACCAUUCUGCAUCAUGGUGGGAGCUUUCGUGUGGGCAGCGUUGAGUGCGGAGAGGAAGGGGGUAGCUUGCACUGCGAUUGUUGGUGGUUCAGUGGCCUUAGGUUUAUCAUUGCCGUUAGUUCACUGGUUGGUUUACCGUACCCGUCCGCCGCCAGCGACAACUUCAUUGGAUCGGCUGCGACGACAGUACAACGCCGUGCUUACAGCAUACACCCGCAAGUACUUCCAAUACCCGGUCGCGAAGACAAAGGCACAGGCGCCACUCUUCAGCCCCGACUCAAUAGCCCCUGACCCCUUUCCAGGAUACUACUCCUCCCUCGCACACGCCUCCGCAGGAACCACUAUGCACCACAUCUCCAGCGCCUCCAGCCCCGCCGCCUACGGACACACCUACGCUUCAACCUACACUGCCUCCUACGCCCAUGCAGCAACUCACGCACACGCAGCCUCCUACGCUCGCACCUUCGGCGCGCCCUACGCCCACACUGCUACGUCCUAUGCCCAAACUGGCGGUGCGGCGCACGGCGUGACACUAACCAACUCACUCCACGCUCCAGUCUACCCCGGUCCAGUCUCUGCCGGUUCCGGCUCCGCCUAUGCCGGGCCCGGCUGUGCCGGUUCCGCCUAUGCCGGGCCCGGCUGUGCCGGUUCCGCCGUCACCGGUUCCGCUGCCGGUCCCGCCUACAACGGUCCGAGAACGCUGCCUUCAACGGUGCAGGAGGCGGUGAGCAGUCAGACAAGCCGAACGAGUCCGCAAACGGGUUCGUAUAGCUUCAAGACAGGUUCGUACGUCACGGGCGACUCGUAUGUGGCGGAUCUGUUGCCGGGUGGCCGAAGUGUGCAUUACGGCGUGACAGAGGGAAACCGGGCCGCCAGUGGGGCUCGGGGAGGCGAUUGGUCCCCGCGGCGGUGGUCGGAAUCGGCGGCCGGAUGUUCAGGGUCGCGCGGUCAGCCGGACGGCGGGCAACUGAGAUCGUCCCGGUCCCCAAUAAUAUCCCGGUCACCGACGGACGGGAUAUCCCGGUCACCGACAGGAAAUAACUCAUUUUACUCUAUCAUGACAUUGAAGGGCGUGGAAGACCCUCCGGAAGCGGUGUAUGAGGACGAGUGCUAUGAUGACCUCGCUUGGUCAACGCACAAAUUAACACGACUCAAUUUCUCGCACCCCCUACAGUUGUUCGUGCCCUCCGUCUGCGUCUUCCAACUUGUCGAUCUAUUCUACAACCAACGCAGACACAUGGUCGAUAGUCUGGCCAACAUGAUGGACUCCAUCCGCUACUUCCUCAACCAUGAAGGCUACACACUGACCAGCAUUCUUGAACCCACCGAUCAGAUAUUCAAUAGCGAUCAGACCUUGGACCAAGUACUUAACUCUGACAAGAUACUCCUCAAGUCCGACUCUCCCCAGAUAUUUAACUUCCAACGAUUUCAAGGUCUCAGCCAUGUCUUCGGCACCCUCUGGUUCUCCGGUCCCUCCGUCAACCUCCGACAAAUUACAUCUAGCACCAUCGUGCUCGUAGGGGCCAUCUCCUUCGCCGUAAUCAUCGCCGUCCUCGCCGUCUUCGGCAAUUGGUACAGGCCCGCCCUCUAUUGGCGUUCCCGCUCCGUCCAGUCCGAAUUCACGCUCGCUCCCCUGCGCUGGGGCGCUGUCCCCCUCUCGCUUCUAGAUUGGUUCUAUCGAGGACCCCGCGACCUCUGGGAAAUAUCGCAGAAGUCGCGCCUUCACGAACAGUACUGA